AUGAGAGGACAUUUCUCCAUUGAGUGGAUGGCACAGAGCAGCCAGCCAGCAGGACCAGAGAGCUCCAUCUCUGUUUCUGGACCUGCAGCCUGUGGGACACAUUCAGAGAGUCUGCCAGGUUUUUACUGCAAGAUAAAGUCUGAAAGUUUACCUGAAGAGGAGCAGCAAGAGAGCAGGAGUCAACGCCUCGCUGUGUUCAGUCAGAAUUCUCUCCAGCACCAAACAUCUCCCAUGACUGAAGUGGGUUUCAGUAGUGGGACCGAGGAGGAGACCUCUGGGUACGAGAGUGAAGGCAGUCGGUCUCUGUCUCCCUCCACCCACGUAGACUGUACCCCCACGUCACCACCAUCACCCCCUGUGGGCAGGAGGCCUCGGACAGCCUUCACAGCAGAGCAGAUCAACAGCCUGGAGAAGGCGUUCAAGAGAAACGCUUACCUGGGAACACAAGACAAAGCGGAGCUCUGCAAGAAGCUCAACUUGUCUGACAAACAGAUCAGAAACUGGUUCCAGAACAGGCGGAUGAAGCUGAAGCGGACGGUUCAGGACGCCCUGGCUCAUGCCUGCCAGGCCAACGUUGCUUCUCAAUUCAUGCAUUACACUGAGCUGCAGGCCUACAGGCCAAGUCCAUACCCCAGAUACCACUCAGCAGCAGUAGCACCAGAGGCUCCGGCUCCUGCCUCCUAUGUCCACCCUCACAGCUUGCAAUAUAGCUCCUCUCUGCCCAGUACCUCCACUCUGCCCCUGGACUCUUUCUACCAGUACAACAGCCUCCCAAGUGUCAUGGUGCCUGCGGCUACAUCUCACCUCAGGGCAUCCUACCCAACCUACUCUCAAUAUUACUGAUGAGUCACGGCGUGAAGACAGUCUUCUAUACCGUAAACUCU